UGGUGGGCGCCUCCGCUGUGCGUCGCGUCGCGUCUCUCUCUCACUGUGGGGCUCGGAGAGGGACAGCGAGAGUUCUCCUCUGCACUCCCCGGACAGGGAGGCCUACGGGGGCGUCGAUCUCACUGAAAUUCGGGCCGGUAGCGCCGGGCCGGGCCCAGCCCAGAAAAGUUGACUGAUUCAUGUCAUGGCCAUGCACAUGCAGUGUGACACGAGCAUCAAUACGUCAACAGAAGAGGAAAGCUUUGGUCCUCAACCCAUUUCACGGCUGGAGCAAUGUGGCAUAAAUGCCAAUGAUGUGAAGAAAUUAGAAGAAGCUGGAUUUCACACAGUUGAAGCUGUUGCCUAUGCUCCAAAGAAAGAAUUGCUCAAUAUUAAAGGCAUCAGUGAAGCCAAGGCUGAUAAAAUUCUGGCAGAAGCAGCAAAGUUAGUGCCAAUGGGCUUUACCACAGCAACAGAGUUUCAUCAGCGGAGAUCAGAAAUCAUUCAGAUCACCACUGGAUCCAAAGAACUUGAUAAGCUCCUUCAAGGAGGAAUAGAAACUGGAUCAAUAACAGAGAUGUUUGGAGAAUUCCGCACAGGAAAGACUCAAUUGUGUCAUACAUUAGCAGUAACCUGUCAACUCCCUAUUGAUCGAGGUGGUGGUGAAGGGAAGGCCAUGUACAUUGACACAGAGGGCACUUUCCGUCCAGAGCGUUUGCUUGCUGUAGCUGAGAGGUAUGGUUUAUCUGGUAGUGAUGUGCUUGAUAAUGUGGCAUACGCUCGAGGGUUUAACACAGACCAUCAAACCCAGCUCCUUUACCAAGCAUCUGCUAUGAUGACUGAAUCCAGAUAUGCCUUGCUGAUAGUAGACAGUGCCACAGCCCUCUACAGGACAGAUUACUCUGGCCGGGGUGAACUGUCAGCCAGACAGAUGCAUCUGGCCAGAUUUCUGCGUAUGUUGCUUCGACUUGCAGAUGAGUUUGGUGUAGCUGUAGUGAUCACAAACCAGGUGGUAGCACAAGUAGAUGGAGCUGCAAUGUUUGCUGCUGAUCCCAAGAAACCUAUUGGGGGAAAUAUCAUUGCCCAUGCGUCAACAACCAGGCUGUAUUUGAGAAAAGGUCGAGGUGAAACCAGGAUAUGCAAAAUCUAUGAUUCACCUUGCCUUCCUGAAGCUGAAGCCAUGUUUGCCAUUAAUGCUGAUGGAGUUGGAGAUGCUAAAGACUGAAGAAUCCCAUUUGUUUGGUUUAAAUGAAAUGAAGCAAAAAGAGGCUACCCUUUUCAUAUUAUCCACUUGCUGAUGACUCUCCCACUAUAGCUUCUGUAACUGCUAGAGGAAGCUAUCAUAAGCGAAGCAAAACUUGAGGACCGUUUCUUCAGUUCAUACAGAUCUCCCGAUUUAUUUUUGCUGUGCCUGAUCCUUCCAUUGUUUAAUGCAGUAUUGUGGUGACAACUCCGAGAAGCAACAUAUGAGACGUAUGCAAGGCUUAUGGAUAUAUCGUGUGCAACAUUAAAUGCUUCCUGAUUUUGCAAUUGAUGCCAAAAUAAAAUGGAACAAAUCUGUUCAGUAAAAGUUACACUAGUUGAGUAUCUUAAAAUUCGGGCAACUGCCAGUUCAGAUUAGAGGCCUUUUCUAUUGAAAUUGUUAGCAGAAAACAUUCAUAGAACAGGAACCUAGAAGCUGAAGCAUGAUCUUUCUAAAUCUAUUGUACAGCUGUAAAUUGUGAAGUCUGCAUUAGCCCAGAAAGUCUAUGCAUUGUGCUGUGGUAAGCAAAAGCUGUAGACAUUUUUAUGACAGCAUUGUUCAGAUGUGUUCUGCAUCUGUAUAACCUGCCUGUAAAUACAUGAUUUAUUAAAGUUAAUUACACACCUAUUUGAUUUAUUAAAGUUAAUUACACAC